CAAGCUUCGUCGUCUCAUUCGUUCGUGCGUCGUGUUCGCUCAAAGUAUUAAUAAUUAAUAUUAUUAUUGUUUAACAACUCAUAGGAAAGUGAAAGCCGAUGAACAUGAUGAAUAUAACUUUAAGAAGUUUAGUACUAUUUAUAGCUAUACCUUCGGCCACGGCUUCUCUCCACCAACUUUUCCCAGUAGAAGACCAUGAAUACCAGUACGAGCUGAAAACCAACGUGUCUUCCGGACCUCUCACUCCUCAGGAGUGCUCGUUCUGGACCCUGGAAGCGCGGCUGCUGGUCACGGUGUAUGAUAACUUCACCAGGGUCAGAUAUAAGCUGGAAGAGCUGAAGACAUCCGUGUACAGUAAGAACCAGGGUUACUCCUCGUACCAGUCGGCAGAGGCCGCGAGGCAACUUGGACAGCCCUGGGAAGUCGAUUACCUGAACAAUGGGAUUAUCAGCAGCGUCUACGUCAGUCCGGAACCUAUUUGGUCUCAUAAUAUGAAAAGGGCUCUGGCACUCAAUUUUCAACUCAGCAACGACUCAUAUAAAGAACCCUGUCUCUACGAAACCUGUGUAGCGGUAUACAUUAAUCAAGGACGCACCAUCCGGAAAUACACGAACUCGCAGCUGCUCGGCGCCUCAGCUGAGCGGUCAUGGAGCUCCGUCAACGUAGUAGGAAACCCUGAAUACGAUGACCUUGUUGGAGUUCCAGACGCUAUCGCCACAGCAGAAAGAGUGUACCAGUUCAACGAAGCUGGUCUCGAGAGCUUGGAGAUGAAAGGCACUUCCGAGUACAAAGUGCAGGAGCACAUUCUGUCAGUAGCUUCUGAGUUGUCUCUAAACUUCGUGUCAAAACAGAAGAGGCAACAGAUAGACAAGCUGAACGUAACGCGAACGUCCGUCCAGUACGUGUCGCAAGGGUUCAGUGACCCUUCUGGUGGCAUUAAUAAUCUGACCCAGCAUGACCUAAGGCAUAAAGCUUAUCAGAUACUGUUGAAGAUAGCGAGGAAAGGCAUAGACGCAAACAACAUAGUGAGGAAUGCUACUCUGAUACACAGCCUUGACUUUAUUGAUUUGCUAAAUACCAUGACUCAACUGGAAUACGCAUCGCUCAGCAAGCUCUUCGACGACAUGGUGCUAGGCACCAGCUACGACGUCGAAACGUCGAGGAACAUCUUCCUGGAGGUGCUGCCGCAAGUGCGGACGCAUGCGUGUGCGCUGCUAGUCAAAUAUCUCGUCACGGAGCAGAAGGAGAAAAUCGAAGACGCCACUAUCCUCUCCCUGAUCCGAAAACUACCCUUCAACGUGGCUAACUACUCCACCAGCCUCCUCGAAGACUUGGAAGUGUUUACCAAACUUGGCCUGGACUUCUCCAGGGAGAUCCGUCACGCCGCCAUAUUGAGCUUCGCGAUCCUUGCACAUAAAACUAGAAGAGCAUUGGAACAGGAGAAGCAAGAUUUGUUUGACAAUAUUGUUGUGAAGUACUUCAGGAUGUAUAGCGACUGUCCACAAUACAUCGACCGCAUGGUAUGGCUUCAAGGCCUCUGCAACCUGGGUUACUCGGCAGACUCAUACACUAGAACCGUGUACAUGGCCAAGAAGAGCAACAGGCACGAACGUCUCUGGGCUGCUUUGGCUGAUGGGAGUUCGCGUCCGCCACCGGCGUAUGGAUAUGGUCGCAAUGUUAAUGAUUAUUCGGUACUACAAUCAUCUCUACCAAUAAUAAUGGACGACACAGAACACAUACAACUGAGAAUCGCGGCAUUACACGCACUGCUCCGCUCCGACAUACGCGCCAGCGAUUUUAUAUAUAUACACAACUACAUCAAGAAUUCUAAUAACAAUCAGUUGAAACGUUUUUGGUAUACUACAGUGAAAAGUCUGGAGAAAUGUAAGCUGUACAACGAAUAUAAAGCUGCGUCGUACUACGUGCCUUUCGUCGCGAGUCAGGUUUCGAACCCGGACUCUACGUACUGGGCCACCAAUAACUACAUCGUCAGCACGAAGGAUGACGAGGUGGCUGCUGCUUUACAGUUCAUGAGCGUCGGAGAUCCAACGAACGCGCUGCCAGCAUUCGCGGCUGUCAAACUGUCAACGGGCGGGCGGCGACCACAUCACAUAGCGGUAUACGUCAUAGCAGAAGGGGUAACGACGAACAUGUUUAAGAAAAUCCAUACAAUAAACGAGAAGGAGUUGAAAAUUGAGAAACUAGUGGAGGUUCUGAGGUCGUUUAAAGUGCCUUCAACGCCGCCAGAGGAGGUCCAUAUUGACAUAGUAAUCAAGAUCCACGACAAAACGGUCUACGCGUCGCAUGUCAACCAAUCACGAUUCGACUCUUGGAACGGAGAGGAAAUAACAAAAUCAAUAGAGGACUUCCUCCGCUUCGGAAGCCACAUCAACCAGCAGAUAGUCUACUAUCCCUUCCAAAUGGACGUCAGCAUACCUACUGAACUAGGUACUCCUAUUCGUCUUCAGUCAACAAUAAUAUCGUUUACCUCAAUUAGAGGUAACUUGACUGCGCCUUCUUCUCAAGACCUGACGUGGAGGAAUGAUUUACACAUAAGAUAUCAAGCAACAGCAGUAAGCGCCAUCAGAACAAACGGGCCGCUCCUGUCUUCGGAGCAUGAAGCGUUACUGCAGAGAUCCUUAGUGGCCCAUCUGCCUAUCCGCUGUGAUGUCACUAUCUCACCCAUCAAUAAGUCAUUCCAAUUAAAAUGGCCGAACCCCGGCGGGCAGUAUGGCGGCGUGGCGAUGCACUCGAGACUUCAAGUCAUCAUGACCUCCAAGAAUGGAAGAGACGCGUAUACUGUCACGGACCGGAGUAAUGACCAAAAGGUGGACGAUACGGGCGUUUUUUUCGAUUGCGAGCGACCGACGACGGGGACAGAGGUUAUGGAGAAGUUAUUCGCAACAAAAACCAACAGCUUUGAUUUCCUAGCAACACUCCAGCCCUCCCUAAUUCUUCUAAAUGUUCUAGUCCUUAUAACCACCCCCCCUUCCGGCUCCUGCGGCGCGCUCCUCCCCCCUCGACCUUUAAGACCUGGAGCCUCGGUGCUGGAGCUGGGGCUAAAGUUGGAGCAGCUGGAGAUUGACGUCGAUGACCGCGUUAAGGUCAAGGUGCAGCACGCUUUGGAUUUCAAAGAAGAUAAGCCUAACGGUGAGGUGUACCUAGAGGUCGCUGGUUAUACUCAACUAGAAAGCGUGGGCAGCAACGUGACCGUGGAUAUCUUGGUGGCUGGUCGUCGGCCAUACACAGCCGACAGUCAGAAAAACUGGAAGGUUUGCAUCCACCUCCACGAUAUGUCCCAUGUCACUCCAGACCAGGACCUGUCAUCAACCCCAGCAGCCUACGAAGGUCACAUGCUGAUGACUUUCAACAACGACUUGGCCUUGACCUGCCCAGCCACUUCUGGAGGGCAUCUGAGGAUGGACUAUGUUGGGAGGCCGGUGUUUGUGGGUGGGAGGCUGGAGAGAUAUUUGAAGGUCAUGGUGACUGGUGAUAAGUUGCCUAAGCUCAGUACGCUAGAUUUGAGCACAGAAACGGAACAGCUACUGGGCAGUCUUCAUCGGCAGCUUUUGAACCUAACUGCUAUUGUCACGGAAAAAAACGGCUUGGCAUUUGUAACAUUAAACAACGAAGCUGUGAUGCAGUUCCCCUCAAAUAACUUCGCCUGGCUGCUAGACAGCUGGACCCACAUGCAGAUUAUGAAGAAGCUGGGGAUCUACCGUGAAUGCCGGCUGGAAGAGUCAAUCGUAGACACGCUGUCAGGUGGUAAAGACCCGCUACCAUCAGCGGCUUGCUACGAGAUCCUGGUGCUCGCUGACUGCACCAGCGCUCCCAGAUACGCCAUCUUCCACCAACGCCACAACACCAUCGACAGCUAUCGUCUGUACACCGGCGGCAACUUUGUCACCGUCGCCAGUAGCGGCGGCGACAUUAAAGUCACCAUCAAUGAUGACACGGCGUGCGCUGCCGACUGCCGGUACCCUCCGCAAGAGCCUUUCUACGACUUCAAAGUAACUCGUCUCGGCGACACAGUGAAGAUACUCUCCCGUCUCAGCGGAGUCCAGCUUCACUACAAGUACAACGAGACCGUAGUUCUCGUACCGAGUCUCGCGCUCUCCGCCAGUUGUGGUGUGUGCGGGGGGCAGCGGUACUAUACGGAGUGUUAACACAGCCCUAUAUAUGUUACAUUACAAGUUAAACGAGACCGUGGUUCUCGUGCCGAGUCUCGUGCUCUCUGCCAGUUGUGGUGUGUGCGGGGGGCAGUGGUACUAUAUGGAGUAUAACACAGCCCUAUAUAUGUAACAUAACAAGUAAAGCGAGACCGUGGUUCUCGUGCCGAGUCUCGCGCUCUCCGUCAGUUGUGGUCUGUGCGUCGGGCAACGGUACUAUACGGAGUGUUAAUAUAGCCCUAUAUAUGUUACAAACAAACAUUUAUUCAGCAUUUAGGCCGCAGGGGCACUAUUACAUGUCAAUUUUUUGCAAUAAAUAACAAAAUACAAUUAAUAUUAUGGAAUCAAUUAAAUAUUAGAUACUUUAUUACAGAUGUAUACAGUCUCUAAUUGUCAAAUUACACAAAAAAUAUGAUAAAAAAUACAAACAACAAAUACAAAAAUUCUUUAGAAGUGUAAAAGUCUCUAAGUGACCGAGAUAAAAUAUAAUUAAAAAAAAAAUACCAUUAAAAUAUCCUUAGAGAUGUGAAGGGUCUCCAAAGAUAGAAUUCUUAUAUAAAUAAUUAAAAGACAUGAAAUUAACAAACAGACAAGAACCGAAUGAAGUGUCUCACGUUAAUGCCACUCAAAAGUAAAGUUACGUACUUAUAAUAUAACAAGUAGCCCUUGUAAGCUUAAACAGACCUGUCUCCACAAACAGCACCCGUUCACUAGUAUGACGUAUCUCAGCCAUCAACCGCUCGGUGUACUUGUAUACAUUAGAAGUAAACCGAGACCGUAGUUCUCUUUACGAAUCUCGCGCGUUUUAUUAACUGUCGGGCGUGGGGGACAACGGUACUACACUGAAUGUAAAUACAGCUUACACGUAAACUACACCACAAGUAAAUCGAGACUGUAGUUCUCGUGUCAGUCUCGCGUCGCGUUGUCAACUAGCUAAGUUCUAUCGAGCGAGUACAGCGAAGUGUGUGGAGGGCUACGCCGAAUUUAUUUAUUAUACCCAAUGUUGUUGUUGUAUGUUGUUCAAUGUUUCCUUUGUUCCCAAUGUUGCCUUUUGUACUAUAAGGUUUUCUUUUGUGCAAUAAAGAUUAAAUAAAUAAAUAAAUAAAUGAUAACAAAACACAAACCAAACAAGUACAGCGAGCCCAUGGACCUAGAAGCGAGACCGUAGUUCUCGUGCUAAAACUAGCUACCUCUUUAAUCCGGACGGGCAAAAAACCGGCCAAAAAUGGAACGGGGUUUCCGGAUUAUAGAUGCUAUUUUUUUAUAUACGGAUCAGAGCGGCGAGACGUGCGGGGGGCGGACGCCUCUAGUCGGCCGGCGGCCGUGCUGCGGUGCGCUCGCCGCGAUGUCGCCUUGCUGCCUUGUAUUGUGUGCGCGCUAUGAGUGCGUCAUCACAAAGCAUAUACAUCGUAAUAAAUACACUCACAUAAAUUACACCACAACUUCCGCGAGAUUUUAGUGCUAUAAAACAGAGACACUUUCUAGAUAGUAUUUUGUACAUUGACCAGCCUGUUGCUCACAGAAUAAGUACUAUCGUAUAGAAAAUAAACUUCCUACAAAUACGUUUGACAGCGAUUCAGGGACGAAUCAUGUCCCUUUCUAAUGCAUGGCACUAUCCCUUUCGGCUAUUUAGGGUUGUCAGAAUUCGUAUUGUGUGCGCGCUAUGAGCGCGUCAUCACAAAGCAUAUACAUCGUAAUAAAUACACUCACAUAAAUUACACCACAACUUCCGCGAGAUUUUAGUGCUAUAAAGCAGAGACGCUCUCCAGAUAGUAUUUUGUACAUUGACCAGCCUGUUGCUCACAGAUUAAGUAUUAGUACUAUUGUAUAGAAAAUAAACUUCCUACAAAUACGUUUGACAGCGAUUCAGGGACGAAUCAUGCCCCUUUCUAAAGCAUGGCACUAUCCGUUUCUGCUAUUUAGGGUUGUCAGAAUUAAAGUCAUUACCUUAUCUGUGGUUGUGCACGCAAAGGGACGUCAAGUUGUGCCAGCCCUAAUGAUUGCUCAGAGCAACGCAAGCGAACGGAGCCGAGGAUGCCCGAAAGGAUCAGUUUCGCUUCCCUGUCUCUAUUUCACACGCAUUAUGUCCCACCCAUGAUGCCGGUUGUCAAUAACACUGUGCGAGUUUGACAGCAAUAUAGUUAUGUGCGUGCAAAAGAGAUAGCAACAGAUGGGUCAAUGUCCGAAAAAAUCUUUAUCAUAUCGUCUUUAGUCUUGAGUUCUCAAUACAAUACAAUCUACGCUUAACAAUCGUAGUGAUAUUUUAAUUUAUUUUCAAUUAAUCUGAUUUCCAAUAUCACUCACGGUAAAUCGUAAUAUCUCACUUGCACUAAUUAAGUAUGUAUUAAGUAGGUAUAUUGUAUAUAAUAUUAAUAAAGUAUUUAAACACGA